CCCAUCCCUCCGUGAUCCUCGACAACGGCGAUUCUACAAAUGCGUUUCUUGUGUUUACACGGACAAGGCAGCAAUGCCCGAAUCUUCCAGCAGCAGACUGCCGCACUGCGCUAUGAACUUGGAGACGACCACAGCUACGACUUCGUCAACGGUGUGGUCCCAUGGGAAACCGAUCGAGAUCUGGAUCAGUUCGUGAUGGGUGAAGAGCAAACGUUCGCGCACUGUGACCCCGAGGGACCUGAAUCAUGCCUCCAAGCUCUGGAGCACCUCGAACGGUACAUCGCCGCGGAAGGACCCUACGACGGCAUCAUGGGGUUCAGCCAAGGGGCCAAUGUUGCCCUGAGCUGGCUGCUCAAGUUGCAACGGGAGGCACGCCCACUGCCCUUCAGGUUCGGGGUCUUCUUCUCCAACCCGUGGGCUGUGUACGAUUACCAGGAGCUGGUGAGCGGUCGCAUUGUGCCCUUGCAGCGGGACGCGUACGCGGGGAUGCUGGAUCUGCCGACGGCGCAUAUCUGGGGGUCGGCGGACAAGAACGCGCCGGCGUCGGAGGCGAUCACGGCGGCCUGUGUGGAAGGCAAGCGAUCAGUCUGGGUACAUAACAAGGGCCAUGAGAUUCCCGUCAACACUGACGCGGUGAUCGCGAUGGGGAAGACGAUCACCCGGGCGCUGGUGAGAGCCUCGACGACGCAAUAUGCCUAGAUAGUCCUCCCUCCAGCGGAUUAGAAAAUGUACCAGUGGUUUGCUGCCCGUAGUUGAUCCUUCACCCUCGUCUCCGUCGGGAUUCUGCUGAGCGAGCAAACGGC